GGCGAGAGAGGAGGUGACUCGCUCCGGCAGGCAGUAUUCAGACAGAGCGAAAGGAUCAUGGCGGAUGGCCCCAGGUGUAAGCGCAGAAAACAGGCGAACCCGAAGAGGAAUAACGUAACAAAUUACAACAAUGUUGUGGAGGGCCAGUCAGACUCGGAUGACGAGGACAAGCUACACAUAGUGGAGGAGGACCCUGAUGGAGACAGCACGGUGCCAGAAGACGCCUCAGUAGUAUUAACCCAGAACGGGACAGAGACGCACCAAGACACCUGGGAUGGAGUGAAGGAGGACUGUGGCUCUGAACAGGAGGAUGAGGAGGAGGAGGAAGGGGAAGAGGGGGAGGAGGAGGAGGGGGGUAAGGAUGCCCUGGUAGAGGAGAUGCUACAGCAGGGGGACACAGCGGUCAUCUACCCUGAGGCUCCAGAGGACGAGCAGAAGAGCAUGCCUGAGAGAAGGGUCCCAGACGAGAAUGGGACGCCAGACGCUCUUUCCCAGCUCCUGACCUGUCCGUACUGCUCGCGGGGCUACAAGCGCUGCACUGCCCUGAAGGAGCACAUCAAGCUGCGUCACGAGAAGAGCGAGGACAACUUCAGCUGCUCCCAGUGCAGCUACACCUUCGCCUACCGCACACAGCUGGACCGUCAUAUGACCCAACACAAGACUCAACACAAGGAACCUGUACAGCGCCACGUGCCCCAAACCACGACAACAACAGGGGGGAAUAGGAAGUUCAUGUGCACAGAGUGUUCCAAGGCUUUUAAAUACAAGCACCACCUGAAGGAGCACCUGCGCAUUCACAGCGGAGAGAAGCCAUACGAGUGCCCCAACUGUAAGAAGCGGUUUUCCCACUCAGGGUCCUACAGCUCCCACAUCAGCAGUAAGAAGUGUGUUGGCAUGGUGCCUGUCAACGGUACCCCCCGACCAGUCAUCAAGGCCUCCCAGACCCCCACCACCCAGACCCAGCUUUCCGGCACUGCUGCCGUAGCCCCUGCCCGACUGCUCCUCCGGGGGGAGAAGACAGAUGGCAAGCCCCUUCAGGAGCAGCUCCCCCUCAACCAGAUCAAAUCAGAGCCGGUGGAAUAUGAGUACAAGCCGGUGGCGGUGGGGCCUAACGGGGCAGCGGGGACUAACGGGACAGUGUUUACCGGUGGCGUGGCGGUACCCCAGGGCACGACGCUGCCCCAGGGCAUGGUCCAGACGGUGGUACUGCCCACCGUUGGUUUGAUGUCUCCUAUCAGUAUUAAUCUCAGCGACCUGCAGAACGUACUCAAGGUGGCCAUGGAUGGGAACGUGUUGCGCCAGGUGCUGGGGACGUCCAAGCAGGGGGUGGUGGGGCAAGCUGGGCAACAGGUCAUCUCAGCCAUCAGCCUGCCUGGCUUCGUAGACCAGGACGGAACCACCAAGAUCAUUAUUAACUACACCCUGGAGCCCAAACUGGCCCAACAGCCCAGCGCACCUCAGCUCCUCAAGAAGGAGCCUCCCCCUGCCCCCACCACCACCACCACCACAAACACACAGCCAGCCUCCAAAGUAACAGAGAAACUCUCCCAGGACCUCAGCAUCGUCAAGACCGAGCAGCCCGACUCUGAGCCUGAGUCUGAGAAGGAGAUGGAGACAGAGGAGGCUCAGACCGAGGCAGAGCAGAGUAAGGAGGGUGAGACACCAAAGGCCCAGACAGGCAAGACAACAUGUCUGCUGUGUGAUGACUGUCCUGGUGGUUUGGAUGCACUACACAUGCUCCAGCACUGUAAACCUACCAAUGGGGAGGGGGGCGACGGCAGCCCCCUGGAUCCCUCUAUCGCCGCCCUGCUUGCAGAAUCAGGGAUAACACCAGGCCAGCCCCCUCUGAAGAACCUGCUCUCCCUCCUCAAGGCCUACUUCGCCUUAAACGCAGAGCCCUCCGAGGAAGAGCUGGCCAAGAUCUCCGACAACGUCAGCUUGCCCGUGGUCAUAGUCAAGAAAUGGUUUGAGAAGAUGCGGUCCGGUCAGAUUACCGUCGAGCCUCCUGGUUCCUCUUCCCCUCAACUUUCAGCAGAACCCAGCACAGAGACCCAGGAAUCCCAAGAGAAGAGCGGAGAGCAGAUAGAGGAGCAACUUGCCUCGGCCCAAACCCAGGAGACAUCAUUUUCCCAACCUCCCAACAGUUCCCCUGCCUCGACCUCCGCCUCCCCCUUGGUCUCAGCCUCGGGUCCCUCACCACUAAACCUCUCCUCCAGCGGCCUGGUCAUCGUGAAAACGGAGGAGGACUCGGAGGGCGAGUCUCAAGAUCUUCCCCUGGACCUGUCCCUUCCCAAGCAGCCCCAAUCAGAGCCCCAGGUCCCCCAUGUCCCCCAGGAGCAACCCCUCAACCUCACCUGUUUGAAGAAGGAGACGCUCCAUCCCCAGCUCCAUCCCCAGCUCCAUCCCCAGCUCCAGGCCCAGCUCCAGGCUCAGGGAACCACCAACACCAUCUACGUCACCUCCCCACCCCAGAUGGCCACCUCCAGCCCGGUUAACAUCAUGACCACCCAGCUAGUAGCCAUCACCAACCAGGGCAGCGGCAUGUCCUGCCUCAGGGCCAUCUCCACUGGCACCACCAAACGGACUAUCCUCAUCCCCCAGCUCACCUACACAUACACCACUACAGCAGGCAGCAACGCCACUGGGGCCGAAGGAGCCCAGAAGACCGUCAUACUCAACGGCUUCCAGGAGGAGAAGGCUGACACCAGCUCAGAGGGCGUGUCGGGGGUAGAGGAGCAGAACGACUCGGACUCGGCCCCUCCGCAGAAGAAGAUGCGUCGGCUGGAGAGUGGCAUGUACGCCUGUGACCUGUGUGACAAGAUCUUCCAGAAGAGCAGCUCCCUGCUCAGGCAUAAAUACGAACACACAGGAAAACGGCCACACGAGUGCGGCAUCUGCAACAAAGCCUUCAAACACAAGCACCACUUGAUAGAACACACGCGUCUGCACUCCGGAGAGAAACCCUACCGGUGUGACAAGUGUGGCAAGUGUUUCUCCCACUCGGGCUCCUACUCCCAGCACAUGAACCACCGAUACUCAUACUGCAAGAAGGAGCCCCAGGGAGAUCGUCAGGUGGGGCGUCGGCUCGGAAUGAGCCCCGAAAUGAGCCCCCAAACAGAGGAGCAGCAGUCAGACAGCCGGCCCACCUCCCCUCCCUCCCAACUGGACUCAGACGAGAGGGAGAGUGAGGAGGAGCUGGAGGAAGAGGAGGGAGAGAAGGAGGGCAUGGAAGCCAUGAGCAUGGACGACAUACGGGUGGUGCAGGUGGGCGAGGAUGAUGAAGAGAGUGAGAUCUACGAGGUGGAGGAGUUUGGGGAGGAGAGACAAGAGGAUGAGGAAGAAGGGAGCAGAGAGGAGGAGGCACAUGAGGAAGAGGAGGAAGGACAGCAGGAAAAUAAGGAGGAAGGGAGCAGAGAGGAAGAGAAGUCUGUACAGCAGGAGCAGGUGUGUGAGGAAGAGGAGGAAGGGAGGAGAGAGGAGGAGUGUGCCUGA